AUGUGUUUCGUUGGAAGUCAGCCCAAGAUCCUCAUCUACAACGAAAACCGCGAUAGAACCGGAUUAGACGAACCAGCCGGAGAUAAGCGAACCAGCUCGCUUAGUGAGAAAGUCAGAGACAUUCUAGAGAAUUUACCCAAAGCUAUCGAGGACGAAUAUGCCGCAAAUGGUUCCUCUGCGGGAAACCUUGGAGCCUUUCCCACACUCGGCAACAUGCCAACGGCAGCAGAAGAUCCCGAUCUCGACAUUCUGCCAAUGCUCACCAAUGACUUUAGUGGCAAUCUGUGGGAGCUCUUUGACUCCCCUCUCAUUUUCUCAUCCUCCUAUCAGGGAUGGAAUUUUCCCGGCCCCGGUGGAUUGGCAGAGCAUCAUUGA